GGGCGGACUUGGGGCCGCAGAGGGCGGGGCGGGGCUUGGCUGCGCUCAGAUCUCGACUGCGGCACCUCGGCGGCCGCGUCAGCCACUCGGCUCUGCAGGUUCCCUGGCCGCCCAGCCGCGCAGCGCCCUGCGCCCCCCCGGCCUUCCGCCUUGGUCCCCAUCGCGGGGCGUCGCGACGCCUGGGCCCGGCGAUGAGCGCGAGGAGCCACCAUGAGCGCAGACAGCAGCCCGCUCGUGGGCAACCCGCCCACCGGUUAUGGGACCCUGACGAUAGAGACAUCUAUAGAUCCCCUCAGCUCCUCAGUUUCAUCCGUGAGGCUCAGCGGCUACUGUGGCAGUCCAUGGAGAGUCAUAGGCUAUCACAUCGUGGUCUGGAUGAUGGCAGGGAUCCCUUUGCUGCUCUUCCGAUGGAAGCCCGUUUGGGGGGUCCGGCUGCGGCUCCAGCCAUGCAACCUGGCCCGCGCCGAAACACUCGUUAUCGAAAUAAGAGACAAAGAGGAUAGUUCGUGGCAGCUUUAUACCGUCCAGGUGCAGACUGAGGCCAUCAGCGAAGGCAGCCUGGAGCUGCCCCCACAGGCCCAGGUGGAGGACGGCCGGAGCCAGGUGGCUGUGGGGGCAGUGCCAGAGCGUGCUUGGAAGGACACGGCCCAGCUCCGCAGGACGGAAGAGGCACAGCGGACACUACGCUACUACCUCUUCCAGGGCCGGCGCUACAUCUGGAUCGAGACCCAGCAGGCCUUCUGCCAAGUCAGCCUGCUGGACCAUGGCCGCACCUGUGACGACAUCCACCGCUCCUGCACCGGCCUCAGCCUCCAGGACCAAACCGUGCGGAAGACCAUCUAUGGCCCCAACAUGAUCAGCGUGCCAGUCAAGUCCUAUUUCCAGCUGCUGGUGGACGAGGCACUGAACCCCUACUAUGGGUUCCAGGCCUUCAGCAUCGCGCUGUGGCUGGCCGACCACUACUACUGGUACGCGCUCUGUAUUUUCCUCAUCUCCGCCGUCUCCAUCUGCCUGUCGAUAUACAAGACCAGAAAGCAAAGCCAGACUCUGAGGGACAUGGUCAAGCUGUCUGUGCGGGUGUGCGUGUGCCGGCCUGGGGGAGAGGAGGAAUGGGUGGACUCCAGCGAGCUGGUGCCAGGAGACUGCCUGGUGCUGCCCCAGGAGGGUGGACCGAUGCCCUGUGAUGCUGCCCUGGUGGCUGGCGAGUGCGUGGUCAACGAGAGCUCUCUGACAGGGGAGAGCGUUCCAGUGCUGAAGACAGCUCUGCCAGAGGGACCAGUGCCCUACUUCCCGGAGACCCACCGGCGGCACACACUCUUCUGCGGGACCCUCAUCUUGCAGGCCCGGGCCUUCGUUGGACCCCAUGUCCUGGCAGUGGUGACCCAGACAGGGUUCUGCACAGCUAAAGGGGGCUUGGUGAGCUCUAUCCUGCACCCCCGGCCCAUCAACUUCAAGUUCUAUAAACACAGCAUGAAGUUUGUGGCUGCCCUCUCUGUCCUGGCUCUCCUCGGCACCAUCUACAGCAUCUUCAUCCUCCACCGCAACCGGGUGCCUCUGAACGAGAUUGUGAUCCGGGCUCUGGACCUAGUGACGGUGGUGGUGCCGCCUGCCCUGCCAGCUGCCAUGACAGUGUGCACACUCUACGCCCAGAGCCGCCUGCGGAGCCAGGGCAUCUUCUGCAUCCACCCGCCGCGCAUCAACCUGGGGGGCAAGCUCCGGCUCGUGUGUUUCGACAAGACAGGCACCCUCACUGAGGACGGCUUGGACGUGAUGGGUGUGGUGCCCCUGAAGGGACAGGAGUUCCUGCCGCUGGUCCCAGAGCCCCGCCACCUGCCCAUGGGGCCCCUGCUCCGGGCACUGGCCACCUGCCACACCCUCAGCUGGCUCCAGGACACCCCAGUGGGCGACCCCAUGGACCUCAAGAUGGUGGAGUCUACUGGCUGGGUCCUGGAGGAGGGCCCAUCUGCAGACAUGGAAUUGGGGACCCAGGUCUUGGCGGUGAUGAAACCCCCACUUCGGGAGCCCCACCUGCAGGGCAUGGAGGAGCCCCCCGUGCCGGUCAGCAUCCUCAGCCGCUUCCCCUUCUCAUCAGCCCUGCAGCGCAUGAGCGUGGUGGUGGCGUGGCCGGGGGCCGCUCAGCCUGAGGCCUACGUCAAGGGCUCCCCUGAGCUGGUGGCAGGCCUCUGCAACCCCGAGACAGUGCCCACCAGCUUCGCCCAGAUGCUGCAGAGUUACACGGCCACUGGCUACCGUGUAGUGGCCCUCGCCAGCAAGCCACUGCCCAUCGCGCCCAGCCUGGAAGCAGCUCGGCAACUGACAAGGGACACUGUGGAGCGGGAGCUGAGGCUCCUGGGGCUGCUGGUCAUGCGGAAUCUGCUGAAGCCACAGACCACACCUGUCAUCCAGGCUCUGCGGAGGACCUGCAUCCGCACCGUCAUGGUGACAGGGGACAACCUGCAGACGGCGGUCACUGUGGCCCAGAGCUGCGGCAUGGUGGGCCCCCAGGAGCGCCUGGUCAUCAUCCACGCCACCCCCCCUGAGCAGGGCCAGCCUGCCUCCCUCGAGCUCCUGCCAGUGGAGUCCUCCGCAGCCAAGAACGGGGCUAAGGAUCCUGACCAGGCCGCAAGCUACACCAUGGAGCCAGACCCCCGAUCCAGCCACCUGGCCCUCAGCGGCUCCACCUUUGGUGUCCUUUUGAAGCACUUCCCCAAGCUGCUGCCCAAGGUCCUGGUCCAGGGCACUGUCUUUGCCCGCAUGGCUCCAGAGCAGAAGACAGAGCUGGUGUGUGAACUGCAGAAGCUUCAGUACUGCGUGGGCAUGUGCGGAGACGGCGCCAACGACUGCGGGGCCCUGAAGGCGGCUGACGUGGGCAUCUCGCUGUCCCAGGCCGAGGCCUCCGUGGUCUCGCCCUUCACCUCGAGCGUGGCCAGCAUCGAGUGUGUGCCCAUGGUCAUCAGGGAGGGCCGUUGUUCCCUGGACACGUCGAUCAGCGUCUUCAAGUACAUGGCCCUGUACAGCCUGACUCAGUUCAUCUCCGUCCUGAUCCUCUACACGGUCAACACCAACCUGGGCGAUGUGCAGUUCCUGGUCAUCGACCUGGUCAUCACCACCACGGUGGCCGUGCUCAUGAGCCGCACCGGCCCGGCGCUGGCCCUGGGGCGGGCGCGGCCGCCAGGGGCCCUGCUCAGCGUGCCCGUGCUCAGCAGCCUGCUGCUUCAGGUGGCCCUGGUGGCUGGCGUGCAGCUGGGGGGCUACUUCCUGACCGUGGCCCAGCCCUGGUUCGUGCCUCUGAACAGGACAGUGCCCGCACCAGACAACCUGCCCAACUACGAGAACACAGUGGUUUUUUCUCUGUCCAGCUUUCAGUACCUCAUCCUGGCCGUGGCCAUGUCCAAGGGGGCGCCCUUCCGCCGGCCGCUCUACACCAACGUGCCCUUCCUGGUGGCCCUGGCGCUCCUGGGCUCCCUCCUGGUGGGCCUCCUCCUGGCCCCCGGCCUCCUGCAGGGGCUGCUGGCGCUGAGGACCAUUGCCGACACCUGCUUCAAGCUGCUGCUGCUGGGCCUGGUCGCCUUCAAUUUCGUGGGGGCCUUCAUGCUGGAGAGCGUGCUGGACCAGUGCCUCCCAGGCUGCCUGCGGUGGCUCCGGCCCAAACGGGUCUCCAAGAAGCUUUUCAAGCAGCUGGAGCGGGAGCUGGCCGAGCAGCCCUGGCCGCCGCCCGCCGGCCCCGUGAGGUAGUGCAGGCCCUGGCCGGUACCCUAGACACUGGAGCUCCCUGCCUCUGAGCCACAAACCGGGACCCAGCCCUGAAGACGCCAUCGCCAUUACUCCCGCAGCCCCGAGAUUGGCUGUUGUCACACUUCGCCCCAAGUCUGCCCAUCCCAGCCUUCCCUGCCCCCACCAGGGGAAACGCUAUUGUUCGUUGGCCCCCACUUCAGACAUCCACGUAGAGACGGCGGCCACCCCCACUCAGAGCCGUUGUCAGUGUAGCAAAUAAAGUCAUAAUAUUUUCCUGGC